AUGCUGACGCGCUCUUUGGUAUGCCGCACGUCGUUGCAGAGCCGUCGCCGGUGGGAGCAGCGCAUUGUGUCAGUGCUCUCCGAGAGCAAAGAGGAGGCUGUCGACGCGGUGGCUAAGCGCUUCCAGCGAGUCUACAAGGAGCGCCGCUACACGCCAGUGGAAGAGGUGUUCCCACCCCUCGCUGCUGCAACUAGUGCCGCGGCUGCGCCUGGGCCGAACUCUUCUAUUGCGAAAGCCGGUAUCGACUCGGUGCAGCAGCCCGCUAACCCACUCGUGCUGCGUGCUGCCUUUCUCGGGCCACAAAACGCAGGAAAGACAUCCCUUGUUAAUUCUUUGGUGCUCAGUAACGUUGGCGCUGUCAGCAACCGCUACGGCAGCACCAAGGACUGGACGAAGGCCGUGGCCACAGUGCACGACACACAGUUGCUUCUCCUCGACACACCAGGGAUUGUGCCGCGUGAUACGCAGCGCACUCGGCGUAAGUUUGCGUCGGGCACGGCAAAGGCAUACGAUGCUCUCUUCGUGGCGGACCUCGUUGUCCUGGCCCUCCCAGUGGGGGUGGGCUUCGUGGAGAAGGAGCACAAGGUGGUCGCUAGGGAGGUGGUACGUCGCGCCGCUGGGCGCGAGCUACCCGUGGUGAUUGCGAUGACGAUGAUGGACAAGGUUCAGACGCCGCGCCAUCGCGAGUUGUACUUUGCCAUGCGCACUGACCUUGAGUCUCUCGGGUUGCCGACUGCCGCGACCCACGAGGUAAGCGUCAAGGGCGGCAGUGGGCUAGUUGAACUGAAGGACUGUCUCUGCCAGUACGCAAGGCCAGGGGCGUGGGAGCACUACCGCCGCGAGACGACCGAUUUGAAUCUCCCGCAGCGUGUGGCGGAGCUGCUGCGGCAGACCUUUAUGGAACUGCUCCCACACGAGAUUCCGCACUGCAUGCGGCACCGUGUGCUGGGCUGGACGCGCAAGGAGUCGGGCACGACGGAGGUGAUAGUAGAGGUAUUCUUCGAUCGCCCUGCGUACAUGUUCACCUUCUAUGGCCGGUUGGAGGCCAUCUGUCUACGGGCGCAGCAGGUGACGCAGCGCGAGUUGGCGCCGGAGCGAUUCUGCUUUGUUUUCCAGGCCUUCAUCGCUCCAGGCGGACUCUCCAACGCGUAA